CUGCUUUCUUUCAUCACCACCUUCUUCCUUGUCAUCCUCUCUUUUCAUCCUCAUCCAUAAUGCCGUCCGACACGCCCGCUCAGGAUGCCCCUGGUGCACCAGCACCCAAGGUUGAUUUCACCGCCGCUAUGGCCAAGGUCAAGGCCCUCGCUGCCAGACUCGGCAACUCAGCCUCCAACGCAGCACCUCCAGCUGCGGCCUCUAGCGCACCGGCUCCCAUGAAGCGCCCUUAUGAAGACGACUCGUAUAGUCACGGCCAUGAUAGCCGCGAUGAUGACAGCCACUAUGGCAAGAGAAUGGCCUAUGAUUCUGGUCGGGAUUCUGCUCCUAUGCAUCGUCCUGGCCUUGGAGCCCAAGUCUCUCACUAUGCUCCACCCAUGCGCAACGAGCAACAGAUUCAGGAGGAGAUGGGUGUGCCCGGAAAUCUCGUCGGAUUGAUUAUUGGAAGAGGUGGCGAGAACCUCAAAAGAAUCGAACGCGAGACUGGCUGCCGCGUCCAGUUCUCACAAGAUGGCAACCCAGGCGACCGCGAACGUUUCGUCAACAUCAUUGGACAGCCAGCAGGAAUUGCAGAUGCCAAACGCCAAAUUCAGGAGAUCGUCACGAGCUCACAAAGCGGGGAACGUCCAGGCGGUUACAGCGGUGGUGGUUAUGGUGGUGGUGGAAACUAUGGCAUGGGUGGAAGCGGAAGCGGAAGCGGAGGCGGAGGCGGAGGUUAUGGUCGUGGAGGUACGACCGCUACCAUUCAAAUCCCCAGUACUAAGGUCGGCCUUGUCAUUGGACGUGGAGGCGAGACGAUCCGCGAUUUACAGGACCGAAGUGGUGCCCGUAUUGCUGUCACGCCUUCCCCACAUGACCACAGCUCUCCCUCUAGAACCGUGUCUAUCACUGGAGAUGACGGCGCGAUUGAGCGCGCCAAGGCAUUUAUUGAGGAGAUUGUCAAUGACAUGGCGCCCAGAGGAGGCUACAGUGGAGGAGGAGGAGGCGGCGGUGGAUUUCAAAGCACUCCCCCAGUCACCAUGACUGUUCCCCAGGAGUCGAUUGGGCUUGUCAUUGGACGAGGAGGCGAAACUGUAAAGCAGCUUCAGAUUCAAUCACGCGCCAAGAUUCAGGUUCAGCAGGUCGACCCUAGCAUGGCACCCCCAACAGACCGUACUAUCAAUCUUUUCGGACCACCCGAGGCCGUCGAGUAUGCAAAGCAACUCAUCAUGGAGAAGGUCGCCGGAGCGGUAAGUCGAAUUAAUUCUCAUUCCCCUCGGAUUCCCGUCAUCACUGCAUACUGUGCUUUGUGUUUUUUUUUUUUUUUUGAAUGUGGGUUUUCUUUACCGAUAUGACAUUUCAGGAGUGCAGCCUUCACCCAUGGAUCAACACGCACAGCAUUGCAGGAAACCGACUCUGUGGAAUUUAUUAUGCAUGAUGUAUUUAUUCGACAACUAGGUGACUUGAAAUUCGGUCUCCCAUUGCCUUUUUUCACUGCAAUCAAGUCUACCAUUACUGGAUAGAGUGGACUAGCGACUACGAUCUGGAAAUCCACCACGACACACCCGACUGAUCUCGUACCUUUGCGGGAUGGGACAUAAGGUUGCGUAUGCCAAUAUGCCACAUGGACGCUUUUGUGCAAUGCUGUGAUGCGCAUGUAUUCUCACGAAUGCUUAAUACCCCGACAUUGUCCAAAAACACCCACGACACUAUCAGACAAAGGUCACGAUGAUGCUGUUUAUUUCUUGUUUAAAGUUGUAUGGACGCUCUUUCAUGUUCACUGGCGCCUUCUUGUAUGCGUGGUGGUGGUGGUGGUGGUGGUGGUGGUUCAUCCGCU